AUGGAUAUCCUUGAAACGGAAUUCAGAUUGGAAGAUAUCGUCACGAGUUAUUAUAGAGUAGAGAGUAUUAAACGCAUCAACUAUCAGCAGUUCGUACCCCGUACUCAAGAUGAUCAAUGGACUAUACAAUCGGAAUUAAUUUUGAGAAAGAAGAACAAUAAGGUAUUGGUAGCGUUGUUCUCAAGGGAACUAUGGUGUUUUAGUAUUAAUGAUGAUGAUUUACCUUCACCUUUCGUUGAGGGAUCAAAUGAAGUACCGCAUUCUGAGAAGAAAGGUAGUUUUACUCCAGAUUUCUCGAAACCAAACCUUCCAACCCCUUAUGCUAUAUUUCUGAAGGCGUUACGGCGAAUGAUACAUAUAAAUAUGUGUUUGAGCUCUGAUAAUAAGUUGAUCCCUUUUGGUAAUACUUGUAUUUUUGAGCAGGGGAACAAGACAAGCAAAGUGUUCCAUUUUGAUUCCCAUCUGUUUGAAAAUGGAGAUUUAACAGUGUCAUUUUGCACUAAGGAUAUGAAUAAUGAGCGAUUGACUAUGGAUUCAUUUAAUUCGCCGACUUUAGCGCAGAAAGCAGUUUACCUUGCUCCGUCCGGAAUUCGGGCGUAUUUGCCAUCAACAGAUAUCAACAAGUGUCUUACGUCGCAACCUAAGAAUGGAAAUGCACUUCUUAUGAUCCUGCUUGUCUCCCAUGGGAUUGAUCUAACUAAGAAGUCCGACAUCAAGUGGAUCAAACUAGUUCCUAAUUUGAAUCAUCUGAAUGGUUACACUCCAACGAUUUCAAGAUACUCAGAAGAAUGCCAAAAUACUAAGACAGUGAUAUGGCCCAUGGAUUUGUGUUACUUUCAAAGUCCUAUAGAUAUAGUUAGCUACUCUACUAAGAAGGACAGUAUUGUUAAUAACCUCCAGGAAUGUUUUGAUAUGGUGGAUGAUUUCAUGCAGCUUAAAUUAACCUCUGCAUAUCGUAUACCUGGUACCUCAGCGAAUGCGAACACUGCUACAGGAAACAACCCGACCAGCACCGGAGGCGGCUUUACUGAUCAGAUGCACUCCUUCAACAAAUAUGCAUGCAAUAGUGCAGGGAACAUUAGUCAGUCGACUACUAAGAUGAAACUAACGCCAACGAAUAAACUGCAAGAUGCAAUGAGGUCGGGGACUUCAUUGUCUACGGACUCAUUUGGUAAUGGAUUUAUAACAACACCAAAUAUCAACAAAAAUACAGGAUCGGCGAUGGAUGAAAUGAUAGGUUGUCCAUCAUCUGCCAAAUCUCAUGGAGAUGGACCAAAUGAGGGGAAAAUCUAUAAUGGACAGGAAAAGCAGGGAAGUUCAGAACUAAAACGGGAAGAGUCAACAAAUACUAUACAAGGCUCUGCGGAUUACGAUCCUAUGAGCUUCGAGGAGGAUUUAUUUGGGGACGAUGAUGAGAGAGAUUUAUUCGGGGAUGACAGUGGUAGUGAUCAAAAAAAAGGACAGAAAGAAAUUAAUGAUAAUAUGUUUGAAAUGGUUGACAUCGAAAGUGACUCUGACAAUAUGAUAUAUCCUGACCGGUCUGCUGCUGAAUAUAAUAUUCAACAAACACCGUUAAAGAGAAAGUAUUUGGAUAUACCGUUGGAUGAAAUAACAUUACCAUCAACUCCACUGUAUAUGGAUCCUGGUGCUCCAUUACCGGUAGAGACGCCUAAGGAUAGAAGGAAAAGUGUUUUUGCUCCUUUGAAUUUCAAUCCGAUCAUAGAAUCUAAUGUUGACAACAAGUACAAAAACGGUGGGAAGUUUUCUUUCGACCCCAAUGAGAUCGAUGAACCUUUAAAAUUUGAAGUCAGUACCACCAACUUUUCUAGCUCUGAAGAUGAUGACAGUGAUUUUAGCGGAGAGCAGUUCGGCGAAUUACAUCCCAGCCAAUUGCAGUCUACGAGAAAGCUGGAAUCUUCGCUACCAGUAUCAUCAUAUGAUAUGCAUCCUAGACCUAUGAAUGAAUAUAUACCUCCUGAAAAUGCUAAAGAUGAAGGUUUAGACGUUUACCAGAAUUCCGAGGGAAUAGACAUAGAUAAAUUACCAUCAAGAGAAAGUCAGCUUGAUCAAAUUUGGAAAUCUCCUGCAAUCAGUCACGAAGAAAGCCCAGGUAGAACCGAAUUAUCAACUAUGUUAAAACCGACAUCAUUAGAAGACUGCGUAAAUAUUGAACCAGAGCAGCAUAACUUCAAUGCUACUUCUGCCAAUUAUUUUGAAUCGACUUCAACUGUCAGUGGAGAAGAAAAGCUAUCGUUAAGGGUUACUCCAUUUGAAGAGAAGCGUGAUAGCCAAGAGGAGCCGGCUGAAACAGCAGGAGGAGAGUACUCUCUAAUAACCAAGGGUUCUCGUGAAACCUCAAAUAACCUUCCUUUCUUAUUAAGACAUAUGCCACUGUUUCUGAUACCGGAUGUAUUUUUAUCGCAUAACCCGUCAUUGAAGAUUAACAGCACUUUGCCAGACCUCUUAGGUAUACUAUGCGACCAGUUGGUCUUUGACCAUGAUCUUCUCGGUAAUUUUGGCAUCAAUCAUCCUUUAUUCAAACAUGUAAGAUUAUCCAAGGACGGUGUCAUAAGAAAGACUCUGUCAUCUUUGUUCACCAAGUUUGAAAAGAUACAUGGGAAUGAGAUUAUUGAUGAAAUGUUUUACAUGAAACCCCCCUCUGUGUAUGUUAAGAAACACGGCGAACUUAUAAAGGUAAAAAGCGAUACUGAGUCAUUCCUGAAAUACCUUCCAUUAAAGCCUAGCAAAGGCAUGAAGAACUUUCGUGCAUUUUUUUUAACAACUUCUUUGCUAAACUUCCAUGUUUCUUUUAUCAAUGAGCUUGCGCAAUUGUACUCUGGACAGGAGUUUGGCUUCUGUGAAUUGGUGAAGUUAGCGAACGAUGAGAAUAACGGAAUAGUGGUUCUGAAUAACUUCAAUAGAGAAUCGCUGUUACUGUUAUCGGCUCAGAUAGUAUCAUAUUGCUCAACUAACAUGACGAACGUUAGAAACGUACCACUGAUGUUGUUUCUACCAGUUAUCAGCGCUAGCCUUGAGGAUACCAUUACCAUGAUUUCCAAAUUUCAAUUUAUUAAAAAUGAAGUUAAGUCCAGGUUACCUGACGUUGAAAUCCUACUAAAGCUUAUACCAAAUGAAACCAUAAGGGACCCCCUUGUUUCAAUUGAUCAAUAUUAUGAAUUAUGCUGCAGUAUUUAUAAUUUACUACCUCCCAAGAAGGUGAAAUUCACUUCAAUAGCGGAUGAUCUCCCGGACAAUGUUGUGUUUAGAACCUCCUCUGUUAACCAAAGCCAGAUAAUCCACUAUGACUCUUAUAUCCACUUGGCUUACACCAGGAGCAUUGACCGGGAAUGGUUAUGUGCAGCAUGGUCCGAUUCAAAAGGCACCGAAAACAUUGUAAAGGCCUGGCACCUUGGAAACUCUAAAUCUCGAUUUGAAGAAGCUUGCAAUGAGAUUUGGAAAAUAACCGUGGGUUUAGCUUCUACGAAGUACGGUCGAAUCUGUCUCAUACUGACAAGAAUGGAUAGUGUUUUACCUGACGACGAAUUAAUGCAUUGGAGAAGGCUAUCAAUUACGACUAGAAAUCUCCAUUUGGCGGUAGUGUGUGUUGGUCAUAACACAAAGGUUUCGUUAUAUGACGAAGAUAUCAAUUACCCCUCAUUCAAACAGCUCUACAAGGAUAAAAGCAACGCGAAUAAAGUUGAUCCCGACGCUUUGGAUGAUUAUGUGAUUGUCAAUAUUGAUGAAGAGAUACACGGUAUAAUUUUCAAAAGCCCACUUCAAUUGGCGAACUCUCAGCAUAGAUGUUCGAUAAAAAGUGGGGCUUUGCUUAAAUUCAAACCUUCUGCAGGAAACAGCACUUUGGACAAAUUUGAGGUUAACCUCUUGAAUUGCCAACAUUCAGACAGUACAGCUUUACUGAAAACCAUACUUCAGCAAUUUAGGGACCUGGCGUGCUUAAAUUCAUGGUUUUGCAUAUCUAAGAAGAAUGAUAACUACAUGCCAUGGCAUGUAGUAGCUGUUAAUAAGGUAAUGAAUUUUAUUGUGCAUGUAAAAGGGAUAGAGGAGAAGGGUCAAUGA